AUGCCCGCUUCCCUCGCAGCAACCACCGGCCAGGCCCGGGGCUGCGUGGAGAGACCUGCUGCGCCCCUGACAGGAAUGAACAUUUUGAUACAUAGAAAACCAAAUUUCUCCCAAUAGGAUGGAGGUGGUGAACACAAUCCAAUCUGAUUUCAGCAACACCAAAACAUCUUUUCAGAAAGGGCAGAUGCUCCUUUUGGACAGCCUGGUGGAGCAGCCUAAGAAAGGAACAGAUGUUCCCAAUCAUCUUCUAGAAUCCAAGAUUUAUACAAAGCUUUUAAGAAAUGAUGUCAUACAAGCUAAGCCUGCCAUCAUGCAUUACGGAGGAUAUGAAAUUGAAAAACAUCACCAGCAAAUCUUGAAGCUUGUGAAUAUUUCUGCAGAUGUUAUAAACAUCCAUAUUAUUCCACCAGAAACAAAAUACUUUGAGAUCAAAUAUAACAAAACACACCGACUUGUACCUGGGUUGUCUUUUACAAUUACCGUUGAUUUUUGCCCUGAUGAAUGGCGAUACUAUUAUGAUUGCAUUCGAAUCCAUUGUCAGGAGGACGACACAUUGUUGGUUCCCCUGCAUGCCUAUCCUGUGAUGAAUGCUGUGGAGUUUCCGUCCUACAUUAGUUUGUCUGAUGUUCCCCUGGGACAAAGUAAGGAGUAUGUGAUCCCUCUACAGUGCAGCUGUCCCAUCGAUUUUGAGUUCCAUGUUGAGUAUCUUCAGCCUCACAAAGCCUUUACAGUUCAUCCAACAUCUGGAAUAAUUCCAGCCAAUGGGAGAGCAGAAGUGGUAAUUAAAUUCACACCGUUCAAAUACGGGACAGCCCAGAUGAAAAUCCAGUUGUGGAUUUCUCAGUUUAACUCAAAACCAUAUGCAUGUGCAUUCACAGGAACAUCAACGCCACAGCCAAGUUUAAUGAAAGCAGAUUUUGAGAAGCAAGAAAAAAUUUUGCAGAGCACACCAAAGUUUGUGGAAAGAGAUGUGGCGCGUUUGCCACAGAAGACAGUAUCACCAAAGGAGAAGCGGCACAACGUCCUUCCAAAAGUGCAAGCCAUCGAAUAUAAAAGCUUGCAGUUCCCGGCCGAUUUGUCAAAUCCUUACGCUGUAGCAACUGUUUUGAUUCAGGAGCCUGGCAAAUUAAAGAUUAAACACUUGAGAGAAGUUCUCGGAGGACAAGGCGAUGGAGGAACUCAAACAAGGCAGGUGAGAGAAGCCGUCUUUGAACUGAAAGUCAAACAGGAAAUGCAAGAAGAGCUAAACAAUCAACUGAAAUGGCAAGUUCAUCUGGGCAAAGAGCCAAUGACGCCAGCUUUCCAGAAGCAGGUUUUUGAUGACCGACAGAGAGAAGAAGAAAUGUACAGGAUUAAAAGAGGAGUUCCCAUGGUGGAGAAGGAGUUUCAGAGGAAAUGUGUUGAAAUUUCUCUCAAGCGUAUCAUCCGAGAUGUCAGUGAGGCCCCCAACUUCCAGCCGACAUUUGACCUCCUGCUUAAUAACCCUUGGCGCCACAGGCAUUUGACUUUGCGAAGAUUUCAACAAGCUGCACGAAAGGUCCUCCUUCAGUGCCGGCUAGACCGUGUGAUAAAUAGGCUACAUGAAGUAUUUAAGGGUAUGAAGGAUAAAGAAUUGGAGGAGGCAUUUAUAUCAGAAUGCAGCAGCUUCAAAACAAUCAGCACAGCAGCCAUGGGUGAAGAGAAGAAAGUAUCUUUUUUACUGACUGGAAAUCGCAUAUUGCCUUCUGAAUUCCCCACAUACAAUCCACCUCGAUGGGCUGAUGAUCUGGCACCAGAGGUUCUUGGCAUCGUUCCUAUCCAGUCUGCAAAAGUUAAGAUCAAACAGCUUCACCACUUCUAUGAACUAAAGGUCCCUCAGCAUUUUAGCCUCAUGGGAUAUCAACCAUUCUGUACACACCAUGCAGCAACCAGUUACAAAGUUCCAAAAUACUCUCAAACUCUGAGGACAGGAGCAGAGGAAGAACUAAUUCCAGUAAUACCUGCUUCAGAAGAAAAGCUGCCUCCCGACUUGACUACGCAAGAGGAUGGACUUACAACCUCCCUGUUAAACCUUAAAGCUCCCGAAGCUUUAUUACAUCCUCCAAGCCACCAUCCUCUCCAAGUUUUUAAUCCUAGUCCAGGAUUGCAUGAAUUCAAGGCACCCUUCUCUUAUACAGAAAGCAGCAUUGAAUAUCAUAUUUGCCCAUUUCCGAAGUAUGCCCUUACCAGGAAAUAUCCACUAAAAUCCAGUAUUCCAGCCAUGCAAAAGAAUUUUUUCGAUCACGGGGAAGUGAUUCAUGGAGUAACUAACUGGAAAAAAUUCCCAGCGGUUAUCAAUUCAACUUUACCUAAUGUACCAGCUCUGACUGGCCCACCAGUACCAUUCUGCACUGAUCCCUAUAAUGAAGACAUGAUUCCAAAAUCUGGACCUCCAGUUCUGGAUGGCUUAUCAGAGCAAGACAAGGAAAAUGUCAUCGAUGAAGAGACAGAAGGAGAGGCUGCUAUUUUACUUACACCAGAGAUGACAAGAGCUGAAUUUCCACAGAUUGACCUUGCAGCAGAUGACAGCAAAACCAAAUUACAAAAAGAGGGAAGUGACAUAAAUGUGGAACCUAAAGUUGCUUCCUGUAUGUCUCUGAAUACUGCAGUACCUGUCUCCCGAGAUGUAAGGGACGUUGUGGAUUGGUAUGUUCAAACACAGAGUAAUAUAUUUGGGAAAAGGAUUCAAGAAAGUAUGGAGAAACUGAAAGAAAAGGCAAUUAGAAAGGACCUGGUUUUAGACUAACUACUCUCUCUGUGGAAUAGUCUGAGUUUGGGAGAAUCUAUUUUCAUGUGUCAAAUUUUCUACAUUUUUAUAUACCAUAAUUUAUUUUGAAAAUACAAGUCAUAUAUUAUUACAAAAAGUGAGUACACAAAUCAGAUAUUCUUUUAAAUGAAACAUGCUAUGUUGGCAUUUCUCCUUGGUAAUGCUUUUUUAUACGUCAGAAGAUGGAUUAUGAGCACAUGAACAGUUUUCUGGUGCUUCACUUACUAGCACAGAGAAGGACUGAAAGAAAUUAUAAAUAAAUAAAUAAAUAUCAAUAGCUGAGUAUCA